GCCAGCGGACAGUUCGGACAACAUGAUGUCCCUGAGAUCAGUAACUGCACUGAUCGUCUUGGCCGUUGUGGUGGCCUGUGUUAUCGCCAUCGAUAUCGACUGCAAAACGAUCAGGAUAAAAUGUAUAACUAUUGACCCGGUCGAAUGCAAGGAGGACGGUGGGAUCUUCAUUCCUAAUGGCGGUUUAUGUGGCUACUGCGACAGCUGCCGUAAAUACGUGGGUGAAGGAGAAUCUUGUGCGGGCCAAGAUGUCUUACAGCCACCAACGCCAACGCCCACAUGUCAAGAACCUCUUGUUUGCGACCCAGUCACGAAAACUUGUGUAAAAAGUAAGGUCAAUUGUGUAAAAAGUAAGAUCCAUCCAAAGAUAUAAGAAUACUCAGUGAUAUAAAAGAAUUACGUCUUGUUAAAAAAAAAUGUAUCCCAUUGCCGAUUUAUUUUAUGUACCUACUACAAGUACUUUGAAAAUAAAUUCAAAUUGUGUAUCA